GCGUGCGCGGUGUGAGGCGCCGGGAGCGCGGGGGGGACGGAGCGCGGCCCUGAGGGGAGCGGCGGCACCACCGGCACUUCACCUCAGCCAGCCCGCUGCGCCUUCGCCGGGGCUCCGCACCCGGCCCUGCGCCCCCGCCCGCCACCCCCAAACCUUCGCCGAAGGGGGAAGGGGAGGCAGGGGAAAAGAAGCGAACGAGAGCGGUCGCGGGUCCCGCCGCGGGGAGCGGAGCGAGGCGCGGGGCGGCGGCGGCGGCGGCGGAGGCUCCUCCAUCAUGUCGGCGGGCGGGGACUUCGGCAACCCGCUGCGGAAAUUCAAGCUGGUGUUCCUGGGCGAGCAGAGCGUGGGGAAGACGUCCUUGAUCACCAGGUUCAUGUACGACAGCUUCGACAACACCUACCAGGCAACGAUUGGCAUCGACUUCUUAUCGAAAACCAUGUACCUGGAGGAUCGAACAAUCAGGUUGCAGCUGUGGGAUACUGCGGGUCAGGAACGUUUCCGUAGCCUCAUUCCCAGUUACAUCCGUGACUCUGCCGCUGCCGUAGUAGUUUACGAUAUCACAAAUGUCAACUCGUUCCAGCAGACAACGAAAUGGAUCGACGACGUCCGAACGGAACGGGGCAGCGACGUCAUCAUCAUGCUGGUGGGAAAUAAAACAGAUCUAGCGGAUAAGAGACAAGUGUCCAUUGAGGAAGGAGAAAGAAAAGCCAAAGAGCUGAAUGUAAUGUUCAUCGAAACUAGCGCAAAAGCGGGAUACAACGUAAAACAGCUUUUCCGACGCGUGGCAGCUGCCUUGCCUGGAAUGGAAAGCACACAAGACAAAAGUAGAGAAGACAUGAUUGACAUAAAACUGGAAAAGCCUCAAGAGCAGCCUGUCAGUGAAGGAGGCUGUUCCUGCUAAUACCGCGUGGCUUCUCCAUUUUCUCCAGAACAUCACUGCUUUCCCUCCCUUGAUUCUUCAUUGACUGCAGUGUGAAUAUUGGCUUGAACCUUCCCCUUUCAGUAAUAACGUAUCGCAGUUCAUCAUCGCUGGCUGUCUCGUGGAGAUGAUCUAUUAGCUUCACAAGCACACACACACACACACACAAAAUGUCAGUGUCUUCAUUAUUUAUAAGAAAAGAAAAAAAAAAAAGCCAAAAUAUUCCAGCGUAUUCUAGUUAUGACUUUAAAAAAGGAAAAGAAAAAAAAAAAUAGGUACAAUUUCUUAAUAUUCGUUCCUUUUUUUAAUAUGUUAUGAUGUUGCACUUUGAAAUGAUGGCGACCGAGUAAGUUUGGAAUUGGACUUAGACGAGAUGUACGUGCAGAACGGUGGCGAAUCUCACCCGUUUGGUUUCGCUGACAAACCGGGAGCGACUUAGGUGGUGUGUACCCAGGGUUAAACGCCUAUCCUUACCUUACCAAUAAAAUUAAACCCAAGCUCUUAAUCUUUUGAGCAGAGAUAGUCUUGAUUGGUUUUCAAACCCCCAAAUGGUUUUAAAACAAGAAGUAAUAAAGACGGGGGUUUUGCCACCACCAAAAGCUGCUGGAUUUUGUAGUUCUUGCAGAGGCAACGUGAACACAUUUCCAGGAAAGGAUAUUGAGAAACUCCAAGUGUCUUUCUGAACGGGACGAGCGGCUUCUGGAGGAUUCGGGGGCGAGGAAAGGGUGGAUGUGCAUUAGCAAAAACACUUGCAGGAAACAGGGAAAUCCCUUUGGAGUGCGAGAUGAGUUUGAAGAGCAGGUUUUUUUAAUCUAAACCACCAGUGAAUUAUUAGUGCCCGAGAGACGGGAACGUAACGUUUCAGCUCUUUGGAGGAGAAAGCGUUUUGCUUCUUAUAUAUUUUGUGUUAAAUUUCUUUUAGGGGGAAAUCUUAAGUGAAGUCAGGAGUGGCGCUAUAAGCGGCAUUGAGGAGCGCAUUGAAGCAUUGACAUCUGGCAGAAAUAAGAACAGCUGGAUGGAGCCAGUGGAGACGGAAUCGGGGAUCGCACCCGUUUUCCAUAGCGUUGGUCGUAGGUGGGCUGGGGAAGGGCUGUUUGCUUUGAUCCGACCCAAAUCUAGUCGAGAACUCAUAGCCGGAAAGGGAGUGAAAUAGGAUGGAAACCACCUUCCGAUUAUGCAGAUUGAUGCCUUUAUUUUUUAGCCUUUUUUACGUUCGGUCUUCCGAGUUGCUUUAGUUCGGUUCGCUAGAGCUGUCUAGUUUGGUUAAACGACGAGUAAUUUAGUUUUCUAUUUAACUAGGCUUACAAUUAACCUUCUUAUUUUUUUCCUCUUUGAUAUUUAUUUCUCCGCUUAAUUAUUUUUCCCUCUUUCCGGUCAUUUCGCUGAGGAAUCUGUGUAGAGCUUUGCUGAUGUUGCGCGAUGUAGCUACCCGAGAACCACGGAAUGGAACACACUAGAAGUGCACCCUUUUAAUCUUUACUAGUCAUUGUGAAGUUGCUGUGUAAGUUAAUAAAACCACCAUUGUAAAUACCUUGUUUGCUGGGCGAAGAUGGAGUUGACAGUGCAGGAAGGAAUUCGCGAGUCUGCGUUGCGAUUGUGACUCCAAGGAACAAUCGCAAAGUUUCAAUCUUCAGGCUCCUCCUUUAUUCCCUUCCGCCCCUUAAAAUAACCGAGCGGGGAAGAGAAAGGGAAUUGUCCUCACCACCACUUUGACCGGGGAAAUGGGCAUCAAAGAUGCGGAAUUCUUACUUAAUGAAAUGAAUAUUAGACCCGUGCCCUGCCCUGGGGUUUUUAGCGACUCUGCACGACGGUAACUUAAAGGCAGAACGAGAUGUAAAGUGCUUUUCUAACGCAAUAUUAAAAGGCGAGUUUUUUUUUGACGUGGCAUGUCUUGAAAUAAACAUCCAAUGAUAUGUGACAAA